AAAGUUCAUCUAAACAUUGAACAACGGAAUUGUCAAAUUUAUUUCAGAAGAAAUAGAAGGAAUAAUUAAUGAAAUAGGACACUCGGAUUAUCUAGAUUAUAGGAUAAGUAAUUAUGCAUAAUGAAUCACCUUUAUUGUGAUCAAGACUUUAAUUCAUCAAAAAAGACCAACCCUGAUUCCGAAUACACUCUAAUUUAAUGGUCUUAUCUGCUUGCAAACAUAAGACCAAAAAGAAGAAACAAGAAAAUAAAAGUAAGACAAAAUAAAGCCAGCAUGAUAUAAAGAAGUGGGCUAAAAACGGCCUUGUAGUAUUGAUAUUCAUCAUAUUUUGGAUUUCCAGGUUUUUCAUACAUUACCUUCUUCCAUGUAAUUUUAGAACUUGUGGAUGGUGUUGUAUUCACUUCAAUGUAGAGAGAAAUAAUCUCAUCCACUUUUAGUUUUGAAAGAUUGGAUGUGGCCAUGGUUGUUGCUCUCGUAACUGUGUUAUUGCUGUUUGGGUUUGUAACAUUUUCUAUUUGGAAUGGAUAGAAAUCAACCAUUCGAACAAUUGGAUAACAUUCUGUCUCUCUUCUAUAGGUUUUACAAUUAUUGAAAACAUUGACAAUUUUGGCUGUAAUCUUAACAUUGACAAUGUCGAAGAAUUCUUCCUGUAAUUUAUCUGCAGUUGAAUUGACAACUAUUGAAGCAAUGAAGAAGGAACAGGCUGCAAGUAGAGUGGCGCAACACAAAGAAAUGCCGACCACAAAAACGAUGGCGAUUGCAUUGCCAUUAAUAUUUAGAUUUAUGAGAGCUUUCUUCAUGUACAAGAUUAAUUUAACCAAGACGAAACUAUUUGAAUCGAAUACAAUUGAUUCAGAAUCAAAGAAACAUGAAUUAGUGGAUCAACAAUUAACAUUGGAAUCUAUUGAAAGCUUACCACCAAAUAGUGGAGCAGAACUUGUCAUUACAAAAAUGGAUUCAUUUCAAGUACAUGGAGUCAAUUUACAAGAAGUUUCCAAUACUAUCAAAGGAAAUAAUGAGCAUCAACAACCAGUUGAAAAUUCAUCAUAUCAUUCUGAUGGAGGUUCAUCUAAUAGAACAUCUAGUGCCAGUACUGAUGAUUUAGAUAAUGACACUAUUUCAACAACAUGGUCAGCUGCUGAUGUUAAAGAUAUGGCUUCUCUAAAAAAGGAAAUGAGAAAAUUACAAAUUUACAAUUUUCUAGUCAGUACAAAAUUUAUGGGAACAGUUUAUUUAUGUUCAUUUAUAUUUGGAUUUAUUAUUUGGGCCAUUCUUGGAGGAAUUGAUGAAGCACUCAAUUCCAAUUCUAACAAUCGAAUAUUUGUGGUUGAAUCGAGUAUGUUUGAAUUCAGACAUGGAUGUUCAAUGACUUUCUAUACUGUUCUAACUAUUGGAUUGGAGGUAGUUGGCUAUGUCAUUUUGGAAUUGAUAUUUCUUGCAUUGUGUGUUAAGGCAGAUAAGGAUACGUGGGGAAUUAAGAAGGAAUCAUUUAUUGUAACCAUAGUUCAAUUACUCUCAGCAAUAUUAUUUAUUAUAUGUGGAAGUAUUGAGGUAAUAUCUGAAUUGGUAGAUUAUUAUGUUCCCUAUGGGUUUUUCAUUUGGGGUUACAUGUAUUUUGAAUUAUUUAUGUGUUGUACAAUACCAGUAAUUCGAUCAAUUUAUUUCGAUUACACAAAAUUGAAUUCCAAUGAAAGUAAUGAAUCAAAUAUUGAAAAAGUUUUGAAAAAUAAGAAGAUGUUUAAAAUAAUGUUGGAUUUUGCAAGAAGAAGUUAUUGCACUGAGAGUUUACAAUGUUGGAAAGAUAUUCAAAGAUACAAAAGGUCAACCAAAAACAGAAAAAAGAUUGCAAAUCACAUUUUACAAGUGUACUUAUCAAUUAAUAGUCCCCUAGAGCUCAACAUUCCAAAAAUUGAACAAUGUAAUUCUGAAAUAACUUCCCAACUAACUGAAAAACCACCUGCCAAUCUAUUUCACAAAAUUCAACAACAUUGUCUGAUUGACAUGACCGAUUUAUUCGAAAGAUUGAAAAAUUCCAAUACAGAAUUUGCAUCCUUCAUUACAUCUUUGAAAGAUUAA